AAGACAGUCCUAGAUUGGCAUAUCCUUAAGAUAGUCUCAUUUGGCUUGAAACUGAUGUUUCUAUAAAUUUCUAAGUUCGUUGAAUUACACGACAUUCUUGAGCUGAAUUGCGGUGAGUUUAGACCCACGUAAAGAAGCAGUGACUGUUUUCAAGAUGAAAGUUGUACCAAUUUUGUCGACCCUUCUUGUCAUCUUUGUGAUUGGCAUUAAGGGCAACCCUACGCCCCCGACUGUUCCUACUCCAGCGAGCCCCGUGCCCACACCAGGAAUUGCAGGAUCGGCUGGCAGCGGUGUUACUCCGCCAAAUGUUCCGACUCCAGGCACACCCGUGCCUACCCCUGCGGUUGCAGGAGGAGCAUCGAAUAAUGGGCCGACACCACCCACAGUUCCUACACCCUCGACUCCAGUACCAACUCCAAAAGUAUCCGGAUAAGACAUCAUCAAGGUACGGACUAAAAAAUGAUGAAAUUACUUUUGUAAAAUAAACUUGAAAAAUAUAAUUAUGAUCGCUUGAAUUAUGUAUAU